CUACUUCUUGCACUGUCUCAGACGCACCUGACUACCAAAACCUUUCUUCCUUUCCUCGCGCGCUCUCUCUCUCUGCCAUCGCUAGCAUUCAUUUCUCGUUUGGAUCAAAUUCCAAAACCUCUCCAAAAAUGGCAGCCUUUUCAUACCAGUACAGCCCUUUCCUCCCUGACCCGUGGUUCCCCCAAACCUCUCCCUUUAAGAUUUCCUCCCCUUUAGAGGACCAACCGCCCUCCACCACUACGUAUUUUUCUCAAAUGUACUCACCCGAUCAAUCUCUUCACCAGAUCUCUCUUGAUGCCAGUCUUCAAUAUCAAAGCAGAAGUGUUUUUAGCAACAACAAUGAUCCUUCUGUCACCCACAAACACAGCUCCAAUUCUUCGUCCGUCGUCGAUAAGCCUGAAACCGGCGACGAUCAAGUGGUCUCCAGGCUGACGGACCGGAGGAGGAAGAAGAAGAGCCGAGAUGAUCAGUCUUCCAUCAGCUCAGCCGACCAAUCUAAGGAUGAAAGAGAGGUGAAAGGCAAGAAGCAAAAGAGGUGCAUUAAUGGCGAAGAGAAGACGGGUAAAGGUGACAAGGAGGAGGAGAAGAAGAUUCCUCAUCAUCAAGAAGGCCCAGCUGAAGGCUACAUUCAUGUAAGAGCAAGGAGGGGCCAGGCCACAGACAGCCACAGCCUUGCAGAGAGGGUGAGGAGAGAGAAGAUAAGUGAGAGGAUGAAGCUGCUGCAAGCUCUAGUGCCUGGGUGUGACAAGGUAACAGGGAAGGCCCUCAUGUUGGAUGAAAUUAUCAACUAUGUCCAAUCCCUGCAAAACCAAGUCGAGUUCCUUUCCAUGAAGUUGGCUUCUAUGAAUCCCUUGCUCUAUGACUUUGGAGUGGACUUGGAUUCAUUCAUGGCUACCCCUCAGAGGUUGAAUGACUUGGAAUCACUACUGCCAAAUAGCUAUCCUCUUAUGGACGCUACACCUUCCUUUCUCUUUCAACAAGGCCAGAGGCCAAAUGUUCUCCUUCAGGAUAAGGGACAGCUCUUAUGGGAUAUGGAUGAGCAAAGACAAAAACUUGAUGAUCCAACUGGCUUUGCCAACAACUUGUAUUCUUUCAAUUAAAGAAAUACCAAGCUACGGCUGUCCUACCAACAUCUGUCUGCAGAUUUUUAAGGAAAUCCCAAACCUAGAGGAGGGGAGAGGAAGAGCCACCAGAAAAGAGUGAGCCAAUUGCCAAAGGUUCACGUGCUUUAGUAUCAAUGCCAAUGGAAAGAAGAUUUAAAUCCAUCUCUAAAAAGCUCAUCAGAUUCCAUAUAUGCCUACUAGUACUUCUAGUCCAUGCAGUAGAGAUACAUUCUAUCUCUCUCUAUAUAUAUUAUAUGUAUAUGUGAUUGAAAAUGAACGGUAGCAGAGUGCAAGAGAGGCCAAUGAAUAACCGACCAAAGAUGACCAGAUCUUUUGCAAGAUCCCUUUUUCUGUUCCCACUUUGACUCACCUCCGAGCACAGAUUCCCAUGGCUGCCUACCCUUCUUGUGGCCUAGAUUUUAGUGUGGAAUCAGCCCAAAACAGCAUCGAACAUAUAUAGUACAACGAUUAUGUUGUGUGAUAUGAUAACUAUGAUUGUUCUUAUCGUUAUUGUAGCAGUUAUUUCUGUUUUUACAGUUAGAUUUAGUUUAAUAAAUGUAGCAGUUGAUUUUGUUUGUCCAAAUAUUGUACAAAUAAAUUUUAUUAUUAUAUGGGUUGAUGAUAUGA